AUGAUGAGUUUGGUUUUGUCCAUGUUGAGCUUCAGAGAGCGCUCAAACAUCCAGGAGGAGAUGGCGGAGAGGCAGCUGGAUACCCAAGAGAGGACAGAGGGGGAGAGUAUUUAUCAGGUCUGUGAAACAAGGUCCAUUAAGAAGAUCUCAAAAGUAGCGUAUCAUAAGGGAGUGGUUAUAGUCCGGUGUCCCGGCUGCAGCAACCACCACAUCAUAGCGGAUAACCUGGGCUGGUUCUCUGACCUGGAGGGGAAGCGGAAUAUUGAAGAGAUCCUCGCGGCCAAAGGGGAGAAGGUUCAUCGUGUUUUGGGUGAGGAGGCCUUGGAGGUGCUGCUGGAGAACGGUCUGGAAGGCAACGGUACAAGCAAAGUGGAAGACCAGGACAAAAUGGCGCCACCCACUGAGCCUGAGGAAACGCCUGGCACGUGAUGAUACGAGGGCAUGCCCCACAGAACCUGAGAGAGAGCCUGGCAUGUGAUGAUACAAGGGCAUGCCCCACAGAACCUGAGAGAGAGCCUGGCACGUGAUGAUACAAGGGCAUGCCCCACAGAACCUGAGAGAGAGCCUGGCAUGUGAUGAUACGAGGGCAUGCCCCACAGAACCUGAGAGAGAGCCUGGCACGUGAUGAUACGAGGGCAUGCCCCACAGAACCUGAGAGAGAGCCUGGCACGUGAUGAUACGAGGGCAUGCCCCACAGAACCUGAGAGAGAGCCUGGCAUGUGAUGAUACAAGGGCAUGCCCCACAGAACCUGAGAGAGAGCCUGGCAUGUGAUGAUACAAGGGCAUGCCCCACAGAACCUGAGAGAAAGCCUGGCACGUGAUGAUACGAGGGCAUGCCCCACAGAACCUGAGAGAGAGCCUGGCAUGUGAUGAUACAAGGGCAUGCCCCACAGAACCUGAGAGAGAGCCUGGCACGUGAUGAUACAAGGGCAUGCCCCACAGAACCUGAGAGAAAGCCUGGCACGUGAUGAUACGAGGGCAUGCCCCACAGAACCUGAGAGAGAGCCUGGCAUGUGAUGAUACAAGGGCAUGCCCCACAGAACCUGAGAGAGAGCCUGGCAUGUGAUGAUACAAGGGCAUGCCCCACAGAACCUGAGAGAGAGCCUGGCAUGUGAUGAUACAAGGGCAUGCCCCACAGAACCUGAGAGAGAGCCUGGCAUGUGAUGAUACAAGGGCAUGCCCCACAGAACCUGAGAGAGAGCCUGGCAUGUGAUGAUACAAGGGCAUGCCCCACAGAACCUGAGAGAGAGCCUGGCAUGUGAUGAUACGAGGGCAUGCCCCACAGAACCUGAGAGAGAGCCUGGCAUGUGAUGAUACGAGGGCAUGCCCCACAGAACCUGAGAGAAAGCCUGGCACGUGAUGAUACGGGCGCUGUGGAAGGACUGAGCACGGUGCUAGCGGGAAAUGUCACAGUCAGGAGACGGAGAGGAACUGUGGUGCAGCCAUGAUGUGGGCUGCCCCAGUAUAAGACCCCAGGAUGUCACUCCCUCAGGUCAGAACUUCUAGUGGGGUAUUUGGUUAGCCGCAGGGUUUACCACACAAUUUAUGAGGGCGCAACGCAGGUGAGAGCCUCCUGGGGAUUAGCCCCGCAGCUAAUGAUGGUGCCGCGCAGGUGAGAGCCUCCUGGAGAUUAGCCCCGCAGCUAAUGAUGGGGCCACGCAGGUGAGAGCCUCCUGGAGAUUAGCCCCGCAGAUAAUGAUGGUGCCGCGCAGGUGAGAGCCUCC